AUGCUGGUCACAACUGCCUGGGCGGCACCCACUAAGACCAUCAUGGAACGCGCAACACAUACGGGGAGAGGGGUAUGGUACCUGCCGGGGGGGACACCUGGAAUCCCCAGCGGUACCCCUGGAACGUGUGGAUACACGAAUACCAACCAGGAUUUGGUGGUUGGACUCAGUCCUCAACUCUUCCCGGAAGACGAUUUUUGUGGUCGAACGGUGGUCAUUACCAACACCAAUAACAAUUUCACGGCUACGGCUCAAGUGGUAAAUGAAUGUACGACAUUUUUAUGUCCGUCAACCGAUGAUAUCGAGAUGAGCACCACGUUAUUCACGACGCUGGGUGGAUAUUUGAUUUUUGGGACUUUCCCUGUUAUUUGGAAUUUUGAGUAG